UCCGCCGCGGGACGCUCAGACCCGCCGCUCUCUCCGCAGCUCCGCCGCCCGCUCCGCCGCCCGCUCCGCCAUGUCCUGGUGCCUCAGUGUGGCCGGUUGCUGCUGAGGUCCCUCGGGGACGCCCUUCUCGGGUGAGAAAGGUGGCUUGGCCGAAGGUGCUGGCAGCGAUGAGGACGGACGAGGACUCGAACGGGACGGUGCUGCACCGUCUGAUCCAGGAGCAGCUGCGCUAUGGGAACCUCACGGAGAACCGCACGCUGCUGGCCAUCCAGCAGCAGGCCCUGCGCGGUGGUGGCGGUGGGGUCGGUGGUGCUGGUAGUCCCCGUUCCUCCCUGGAGAGCCUCAGCCCCGAGGAGAGCCAAAUGGUGCAGCAGUCCACGCGGCAGGAGCCCCAGGGUCAGGAGCAUCACUCCGACCAUGUCUACUUGGAGAACAACGUCUAUCGGCUCUGCCAGCCCCAGCACAAGGGUGAGGAGCUUCCCACCUAUGAGGAGGCCAAAGCUCAUUCCCAAUACUUCGCUUCACAGCGAGGUUGGCAGCAGCCCGGAGGCACCAACCUGGGCAUGCGGGGUGAAAAUGGCACUCGUGGGGCUGAGAGUGGUGCCCGACACCCCAAUGAGAGGCUGAAGGACCUGAAGCACGGCCAUGUGCGGUCGCUGAGUGAGCGGCUGAUGCGGAUGUCUCUGGAGAGGAAUGGGGCCAAGGCGCAGAGCCCCAUCAGCUCUUCUCACAGUUAUCCCCAGCUCUCCCGCCACCAUCAGCUCACCGCCCUCCGAGGGCAGCACUCUGAGGGGCCAGAACCACGGGGACCCCCUCCGGAGUAUCCCUACAUCAUCCCUUCCCAGGAUGAUUACCUGCCUGAACCCCGACCCUGCUCCCGGGAAGGUCCUGGAUUUCAGCAUCCUGAAAUCAGGGUGCUUCCCACCCCUGUCCCUGCUGCUUUCCUGCCACCUACGGAUGCCCUGAGCCCAAGCACACUGGGUGCUGCUGGUGUGGAGGCACUGGUGAGCACCCAGGCGGUCUCGGCUGGCAGCCGCCUGGCCCGGGCAGAUGCUGUCCUGCGGGAAAACGAGAGGCUCCAGAGAGAGUGUGAGAAACUGCGUCGAGAGCUGGAGAGCUGCUCUGAGAAGGCUAGCCGCAUCCAGAAGCUGGAAAGUGAGAUCCAGCGCAUCUCAGAGGAUUAUGAAAACCUUGUCAAGGCAUCUUCCAAGCGGGAAGCCUUGGAGAAAGCCAUGAGGAACAAGAAAGAGGGCGAGAUGCGGCGACUUCAGGACUUCAACCGGGACCUGAAAGAGCGGUUGGAAUCGGCAAACAAGCAGCUGGCCAGCAAGACCCAAGAAAGCCAGGAGAGGAACCAGGGGAGCGUGGCCAAACUCCUGGCGCAGAGCUAUGAGCACCAGCAGGAGAAGGAGAAGCUGGAGCGGGAGGUCUCCCUGCUGCGCAGCGCCAACGAGGAGCAGCGCCGGCGGGCAGAGCUGCUGGAGCAGGCACUGGGCAGUGCCCAGGCCCGAGCGGCCAAGGCCGAGGCCGAGCUGCGGAAGAAACGAGCCUACGUGGAGAAGGUGGAGCGUCUGCAGGCAGCCCUGGGCCAGCUCCAGGCUGCCUGUGAGAAGCGGGAGCAGCUAGAGUUGCGUCUCCGCACCCGCCUGGAGCAGGAGCUGAAGAUGCUGCGGGCUCAGCAGAGACAGGCAGGCAUUGUGGGUGGAGGGACACUGGACCUGAGUGCCCACACACUCUCAGAGCAGCUGAGGGAGAAGGAGGAGAAGAUCCUCGCCCUGGAGGCUGACAUGACCAAGUGGGAGCAGAAAUACCUGGAGGAGUGCACCAUGAGGCAGUUUGCCAUGGAUGCCGCAGCCACUGCAGCUGCCCAACGGGACACCACCCUCAUCAGCCAUUCCCCACAGCACUCCCCCAGCAGCAGCUUCAACGAGGACCUCCUCCUGGCCACCCACAAGCACCAGGAGAUGGAGAACAGGUUAAAAGCCCUUCAUGCCCAAAUCCUGGAGAAGGAUGCUGUCAUCAAGGUCCUGCAGCAGCGCUCACGGAGGGACCCCAACAAAGCCCUCCAGGGCUCCCUGCGUCCGGCCAAGUCCGUGCCCUCCAUCUUCACUGCCUCUGCUGCCCCGAGCUGGCCAGGGGCUGGCCAGAGCGAGCGGGGAGCCCAAGGCAGUUCCCAGGGCAGCACAGCAGGCAAAGCCACCGUUGAAGGGGCAGCAGCAGCAGCACCCACUGCCCUCCCUCUGCCCUCCCACUCCAAGCACGGCAGCAAGGACGGCAGCACGCAGACAGAUGGGGCGGCUGACAGCAUUGUCCAGGGUGAAGGUCCUGAGCAUCCACCUGGUUUGUUGGAGAGCUCGGCUCCUUCUAGAGCCCUGGACCUGUCCGACAUGGUGGAGAUCCUGAUUUAAGGCCAUCCGGGGGCUGCAUGCUGGCCCCUUUACCCUCCCUGCCUGCCGCACAUGCAGAGCCACCCUGCCUGCACCUGCCAGGAUGGAGGAGCCUUCAGGAAGAACCGAGCCUGGAGCUCAGCAGCAUCCCCACCACCAGUCUCAGUGGGUGGCCCUAUGCCUGGGAGGGCCAGCGUACCUGCUUGGCACCCACAGGGAGUCCCCAGCUGUGCAGGGCGCGACGGACUUUGGGGACCCCACAGUGGGGGCUUGUGACCCCCCUGUAAAUACAGCCAGGCCAUGUAUGACAGGAGCGGAUGUAUUUAUCGCUUCAGCCUCUUCUCCUUCCCAAGUUGGAGGGGUUCUUCCCAUCCCCUCCCUCGUCAGCUCCAUCCCCAUCCCACCUCUGGGUCUUGGCCUUCUGCAUCUACCCAAGUGCUUGGUCUUCAAAUGGAAUUUCCCACUUUGCUCUCUUAAACUGUACCUACAGCUGAUGUCUCCAUGUUAGGGAAGAGCUCGGAUGGAUCAUCCACAGGUUUAAUCACCCACCUGGAUCCACAUGGCUAGACCAAGUGCCAGGAGCCCCAAGCCCCCAUCAUUUCCAUCUUGCCUCUGGGAUUUCAGAGGGGUUUGGGGUACCAUGGUAGUGAUGCAAAAGAGAAGAUAAUAAUUGAUGGAAGGAAAGGUGGAGGAGAAAUCCCCUUGAAACAGGAGGUUUCUCUUGGAGUUACCCCUGGAUUGCUGAUGGAGGGGGUGGGAUGUGCCACUCCUCUUGUGGCAUCAUCCCACUGCCACAUCCCCAGCUACUGGCAGCUGGCUUCUGCCUGUAGCCAGUGCUGACCUCGUGCUCCUGAGCUCAGGUGCUUCCUGUCCUUGCCUUUCCUGUAUGUGU